AUGGGAUUACGAGACUUGAAGGCCUUCAAUCUUGCCAUGCUAGCUAAACAGGGAUGGAGAUUAUUGCAAAACCAAGGAUCUUUAGUGUUCAAGUGCCUUAAAGCUCGAUAUUUCCCACGAUGCAAUUUCCUGGAAACAGUUGAUUCACUGAAUAGCUCAUUUAUUUGGAAGAGUAUUAUUGCUGCUCAACCAGUUUUAAAAAAUGGAUGCUAUUGGAGGGUGGGAGAUGGGACAUCCGUACGGCUCAUGUCGGAUAGUUGGAUCCCUAACCACCCCACAAAGAAAAUCCUAGUCCACCCUGUUGAGGAAAAAUGGGAAUGGAGAGUUUCUGAACUCAUGGACCCCGAAUUAAGGGAGGCGGAUUGGGCAGAAAGUUCAAGAGGGCACAGUGGAACUAAAGUUUGGGCAAAGUUAUGGAAGCUUAAGAACAAGAUUAUCCAUGGGGGAAAGCUUCAGGCACCAACCCAACUAAAUAAACAAGCAUCUGAUCUCCUGGCAGAAUUUCAGCAAGCUCAAGAGCAGCUAACUAUAGUCCAUAGAACCAGCACAGAGAGCAGAUGGUGCCCACCACCAAAUUCAAAGUUCAAACUUAACUUUGAUGCAGCCAUUUUCUUGGACCUUAAGUGUUCAGGUAUAGGAGCUAUCAUUUGCAAUGAAAACGGUGAAGUAAUGGGAGCAAUUUCUACCAAGGGUCCUCAGGUACAAGAUAGCACGGAAGCUAAAGUCCUUGCAUGCCGCAGAGCUCUAGAAUUUUCCAUUGAUAUUGGAUUUUUUGAAUUGGUGAUUGAAGGAGAUAGUGCACAGGUGCUGAAUUCAUUAAUGUCCAGUGAUACAAACUUGUCUUGGCUAGGCCAUAUCAUUGUUGAUAUACAAUGUUUGGUUGCUGGUUUACAUUGGGCAGAAGUGAAAUUGGUGAAAAGGGAUGCAAAUUGUGUAGCUCAUUCUCUAGCGCGUUAUGCGAAAAUUAUAGUUGAUGAUGUAUUCUGGUUGGAGGACUCUCCACCACCAGCCUUGGAGGCAUUGUAUUUUGACUCUCUUCAGUUUCAAUGA